AUGGCCAUUGUGAUUAGUAGCGAUGACGAAAUGACUCACGAAGGCACUAAAAGUCGAACAUUGAGUGCACCCCAGCCAAUUAAUAUCGGAUACUUAGAGUUUUACCGGGCUUUUUACGUGAAUUCACGUGAUGUCGAUAUUUAUCGAAAAUAUGAUCGUUAUAAUGUUUGCUUAUUGUGUAAAAUUAUCCUUUUCCUGCAGAGGGAAUUGCUCUACCUUAACAGUCAUCAAGCAAUAGCCCCCCAUUUUAAGAAUAUUCAGCGAGACAUACACGAUCAGUUUUGGGAAAGAUAUAUGGUAUAUUGUGGAAAUGUUACGACUAAAUUGGACAAGGCAGACGAUUCUGCUGGCAUUGCAUUCCUUUGUUUGAUCUAA